AUAAAGCGGUGUUGUGGUAGUUUUGUCAGUCAUUCGUGCUCAAACAGUGAGACGGUGUAGUGAUAUCUUAAGAAAAUCAUAGUGUUACAUAAGGAAUAUUCAUAACAGAAAUCAUGCGGUGGUGUACCAUAAACUGUAUUUUGUUGCCGUUACUAAUAGCGAGUGCAUCAUCGGAAUGGUCGUGGGGAAAGGAUACGAAAGCUGACCAACCAACCGAAGAAAACAAAACGGGCCUACUACAAGGCGAAGAACUUCCUGUGGCUGAAGCAAAGAGCGACGAGUCCAACAGCACUGUACUCGAUGAUAUUGUUGAUGAACUAAUCAGCAACAAACAGGGAAGAAGUUUAGGUGGCUUUGAUGAUGUGUAUAGCGAUCCCACGAUCAAGGACGCCUUGGACGCAGGUGAUGACGCUGAAGCAAGAAACUUAAUAAAAGGUCGACUUUGUACUUUGGGUCUUAUUCAAUGUGAUGAAGAAGACAACCAGGAAAAACGCAUGUAUUACUCACCCGAUGAAUUAAUCUACGCGCAACCAGUUGAUAUUAAGCCUGUUGGAAAACCGAUAGCAUCAAUCCCAGUUCGUGGGCCACCGAAAGCUUAUGGACCAGCCGUGCCUAUGCCUCAUCGCACACGUCCGCAGAAAAUUCCCCCUAAACGAGUUGGAUAUGUAGGCAAUCCACGUCCUGGUUUUUCUGACAAAUACGGAGUUUCUGGCGGUAACUUCCAUUUCUCUCAGAGCAGCAGUAAUCUGUACAACGGCCAUGAUACAAACUACGUAACUAGACCUCCGACCUAUGCCAAUGAAAGCCCUUAUACAUUUGAAAACAAUAAACAGGGCUACAACAAAGUACCACUUGUGCAAUCUGGAACUAAAACAGAAGUUGUGCAACAACAUGUCCACCACCACUUCGUACAUAGUGAUGCCGAUAAAGACCCUAAAGUAAUCAUCAAACCGGUGGCUAUUCCUGUCGGAUCAAUUGGGCACUUGCAAACACCAACGCAAUCUUCUUCUUCGUCAGGACACUUUGGAUCACAAACCUUCGGACAACAAUCUACCGAUGUCAUAACAGCAGGUGGAGGUGAUUUUAGUGGCUUUUCGUCAGGUGGUUUCAAGCCCAUGACAGGAGAAUACUUGAGUAAUAAACCUGUUUAUGAAACCGAUACAAUUUAUGGUUCUCAAUAUGGAAAUGGUGGUUUUAAUAAAGAAGGUUCUGGUGUUCUUUCACAGUCACUGCCAAACCGAUAUCAAAACAAUCUUUUUGAAGAUCAGCAAAAGUAUGGUAACGGUUUGGGCGCUUACGGUUCUCAGGGACAGAAUACCGAAUUCUAUAAAAAGGAACUGCAUGUUGGCUCUGGGAACAGUUUAUACAGUCAAGGCCCUGCUACAUUCGAGUCAAAUGGCGCUUAUCAUGAAGCAAAAGAACAGGGUUUCGACUGUGUAUGCGUAAAUUAUGACCAAUGUCCAAGCCAGGAAAUUAUUGGCCGUAGAGACGACCUAUACUUGCCUAUUGAUCCCCGUAAUAAGGGUAGUGAUAUUGCUGCACUAACUGAUGAGCAAAUAGAUAACAUUACUAAAUCUGAUGCUAAUGAAUUGUCGACUGCACAGAAUACGACGGAAAUCAAAAAAGUUAGCAAACGCGAAACGAAAGAUAGUAAUGCAGAGGAAUCCACAAAGGAAGCCGAACCGCGCCUCAUUGGACUGGCCGACUAUGGCGGUAAUGGCGGCAAUGGGGGCAAUAACAACAAACAAGUGCAGCCCACGUUUGGUGUCUCUUUUGGAUUGCCCCAGCCUUCUAAUGGAUAUCCCAUCAAUCCUUUCAAUGCAAAUCCUUUACAUAAUCCAUAUGGCCCAGCACUAAACAGCGGAGGUUUAAAUUUGGGAUUGCUCUCUGUUAAUCCGCUUUUAGCAGUUCAAAUUACAAAAAAUGAUUACGGAGAGAAAAUUGUGAAGCCCUUCGUAAAUUUACAUGUAACACCAAACGAACACGUGGUUAAUAAAUUGUCCCAUUUAUUCCAUGAGAAAAAGUUAUAUCUCUUAAAUAAACAUGAACAUUACCAUAACUACAACCCUUACAAUGAUCAUCAUUAUCAAAGACCAGUACAUAUACCUCAUGGUCAUCCCCCACCACUGCCUUAUCCACCACAUCAUAUUCAUGGCCCACCGGUUUAUUCACCACAAUACACCCAUUAUAAUCCGGCUUACGGUAACUUUAACCCUUAUAAAAUAAAUGGGCCGGUUCCCCACAACGAAGACUAUUAUGACGAUGAAGAAAAUUCUAAUCAGUAUGACGAUGGCACAGACUAUAAUACCGCCUAUCAGGGUGGAUAUUCUUAUCCUGGUUUUGAAAGAUCUGCCAAUAACAGUAAUAUUAAUGACAGACAAACCACAUACGCUAACCGACACGGUUACUCCCGUUCCCUUACCCUUCCUCCUACAAAUCCUGGGGCUAGGGGCAACCGAGGAGGUCAAUCCAUUCGGUUUCCUGAGAACAGAAAGAAGAGGGAAAUCUCAAUAAAAAACAGUACAGACACUAUAGAAGAGCGUCAAGGUUAUUUCGGCCACCCUCCUGUGCAACAGUGCAGACAGAAUCAAGUGUGCUGUCGCAGACCCUUAAGACCUCAAGCUGGUAACCGUGGCCAAUGUGGUAUUAGGCACUCACAAGGAAUUAAUGGAAGAAUCAAGACCCCUUCAUAUGUCGACGGAGAGAGCGAAUUCGGAGAAUAUCCUUGGCAAGCGGCUAUAUUGAAGAAAGAUCCUAAAGAAUCAGUAUACGUUUGCGGUGGAACCCUUAUUGACUCACUUCACAUAAUGACAGCAGCGCAUUGCAUAAAAUCAUACAAAGGCAUCGAAUUGAGAGUGCGUCUUGGAGAGUGGGAUGUGAACCGCGACGUUGAAUUCUACCCGUACAUAGAAAGGGACGUUAUCUCCGUUGUAGUACACCCCAUGUACUACGCCGGCACCUUAGACAAUGAUCUUGCUAUAUUGAAAAUGGAUCACCCUGUGGAAUGGACCAAAUAUCCUCACAUCAGUCCUGCAUGCCUGCCUGACAAGUAUACUGACUACUCUGGCCAAAGAUGUUGGACUACUGGAUGGGGCAAGGACGCUUUCGGAGACUAUGGAAAGUACCAGAAUGUGCUUAAGGAGGUUGAUGUACCAAUACAUUCGCACAAUGUGUGCCAGCAACAAUUGAGAAAAACUAGAUUGGGUUAUAAUUAUGAACUGAAUCAAGGUUUCCUCUGUGCUGGAGGUGAAGAAGGAAAGGAUGCCUGCAAGGGUGAUGGUGGUGGUCCUUUGGUAUGCGAGCGUGGAGGAACUUGGCAACUGGUGGGAGUUGUCUCGUGGGGAAUCGGAUGUGGACAACCUGGUGUCCCCGGAGUAUAUGUGAAGGUUGCUCAUUACUUAGACUGGAUAUCACAAGUUACUGGGAAAUUCUCCCCGUAUUAAAAUUGCUCAUCUUUA